AUGCUCGCUUCGGCCACCUCGUCGCUGCGAACGGGCGCAGGCAUCGCCUCAAAGGCUGUCGCCUCCGCCACCGCACGCCGGACAUUGACCAGCUCAUCCUCGGCAGUCCGAUCCGCCACCGUCGCCUCGUCGUCGUCUUCCUCGCUCUCGCCCUCGUCCUCGUCCACGACGUCGACGACGACAACGACACCGCCACAGCAGCAGCGCCGCGGCUACGCAUCCCCCACCAACCCCAACUCGAUGGCUACCCCCGUCGAGGUUGCACAGCCCGAUGUGCGCGCCGGCGUCGGGUCAAAGCAGGGGUCCGGCAAGAACCUCCUCAACGACAUCCUCGCAUCCGCACCCAAGCACGCCACCUCGAAUCGACCCAUCUACCUCGACGCCCAGUCCACCACCCCCGUCGACCCGCGCGUCGUCGACAAGAUGAUGCCCUUCAUGACAAACCAGUAUGGCAACCCGCACUCGCGCACCCACGCCUACGGCUGGGAGUCGGAGCAGGCCGUCGAGGACGGCCGCGCCCACGUCGCCUCGCUCGUCGGCGCCGACCCCAAGGAGAUCAUCUUCACCUCGGGCGCCACCGAGUCCAACAACAUGGCCAUCAAGGGCGUCGCCCACUUCUACAAGUCCAAGAAGAACCACAUCAUCACCACCCAGACCGAGCACAAGUGCGUCCUCGACUCGUGCCGCCGCCUUCAGGAGGAAGGGUUCGAGGUCACCUACCUCCCCGUCCAGCCCAACGGCCUCAUCGACCUCCAGCAGCUCGAAGACGCCCUCCGACCCACUACCGCCCUCGUCUCGAUCAUGACGGUCAACAACGAGAUCGGCGUCAUCCAGCCCAUCAAGGAGAUCGGCCACCUCCUCAAGACCAAGGGCGCCGAGCUGUCCAAGCAGGGCGGACGCGGCGCCACCAAGCCCUUCUUCCACACCGACGCCGCCCAGGCGGCCGGUAAGAUCCCCCUCGACGUCAAUGAGCUCGGCAUCGACCUCAUGUCACUCUCGUCGCACAAGCUCUACGGCCCCAUGGGCAUCGGCGCUUGCUACAUCCGCCGCCGCCCGCGCGUGCGCCUCGAGCCCAUCAUCAACGGCGGCGGCCAGGAGCGCGGCCUGCGAUCGGGCACGCUGGCGCCGCCGCUGAUUGCCGGCUUCGGCGAGGCGGCGCGGCUGGCCAAGCAGGAGCUGGCCUACGACCACGCCCACAUCUCGCGUCUGGCGCAGCGGCUGCAAGACAAUGUCAACUCGCAGCUCACCCACGUCCUCUUCAACGGCGACCGGAACGGCUACCCGGGCUGCGUCAACCUCACGUUCCAGUACGUUGAGGGCGAGUCGCUCCUGAUGGCGCUCAAGGACGUGUGCCUGUCGUCCGGGUCGGCGUGCACGUCGGCGUCGCUCGAGCCGUCGUACGUGCUGCGCGCCCUCGGCCUCGACGACGAAAACGCCCACUCAUCGCUGCGCUUCGGCAUCGGCCGCUUCACGACCGAGGAGGAGGUCGACUACGUCUCCGAAAAGAUUGUCAAGGUCGUCAACAAGCUGCGCGACAUGAGCCCGCUCUGGGAGAUGGUGCAGGAGGGCAUCGACCUCAAGACGAUCGAGUGGAGCGGUUGA